CUCUUUUUCGUUCGACCAAUAGAUAGCAGUUUAUCAAAACUCAAAAGAUGGCUGCGUCCAUGAAGAAAUGCUUGUUAACCCUGCGAAGUCAAUGUCAGAAACUUCUUGUUGAUUUACGAAUUUGUACAUCAAUAUUUCAGCAGCCAUAUAAUGGACUGGAGUUUGCUGCAGUGGCCGAAUGUCCGAUCUCAUCCUCAAAACAUCAGACGAGAGCAUCGCAGAACAUUCUGGACUCAAUAUUUAGCAAUGUUUUAUUGGCAGUUCAGCGCGAUCGACGCUCUCUAGAGCGCCGAUUGUCUCGGAAGAUGGCUCUUCCUGGUCAUUUUGAGCAUGCCAUACCAAAGACAAACAUCAUAGCUUGUCUGGAAUGUGGCCAUUGGCAUGAGAAAGGAACACUGUGCGGAAACUGCUAUAGCAAAGUGAGAGAAGAGACAAAGAGCAUGAGAGAAGCACUUGGUGAAGACAUGAUGUAUACUGCAGACCAGAAAGAAGUAGUUUUUGUUUAUGAAGGUGAAACUGCUGAAAGUGCAAAGCAUGGAGGCAAACAUGUUGUUGAAUUAAAGAGAAAGCGGCCUUCUUGGUUUCCAAACAUUUUACUGACAAAGAAGGAAAGCUAGACAUUGUUGAAAUGUGAAGGAUAUUGUGUUAAAGGCAAAUAUAAGAUAAACUGUGGUCAUUGGCAGGAAAAGUGUAUAGUUCAUGAAAAAUGAGAUUUGACUGCUAUGUAUAGGACAUUCUGAAAUAAAUUUCUUAAAAUGAAAAA